AUUCCAAAAUUUCCUUCAUUUAUUUCAUAUAAAAAAAUUAAUAAUAAAUCAAAGACACCGAAUCAAAAACACGUUAUUACGAAAUUUGGAUCUGUAUCCGCGUUCUAUAAAUCCGUGGAGGUCUGACUGUGAGAGAAACUCCAUUUCUUUUCUCUUUGUUACAAGGAGAAGAGAUCCGCUUUCAUCCAAUAUCGCUCUCUUCCUCAAGAAUACUUGAAAAUGGGGCUGUCAUUCACGAAACUAUUUAGUCGGCUAUUUGCCAAGAAAGAGAUGCGUAUUCUUAUGGUAGGUCUCGAUGCGGCCGGUAAGACCACCAUUCUUUACAAGCUCAAGCUUGGAGAGAUCGUCACUACCAUUCCUACAAUCGGGUUCAAUGUGGAAACAGUGGAAUAUAAGAACAUCAGCUUCACUGUCUGGGAUGUCGGGGGUCAGGACAAGAUUCGUCCUCUAUGGAGACAUUACUUCCAAAAUACACAAGGACUUAUUUUUGUGGUUGAUAGCAAUGACAGGGAUCGUGUUGUUGAAGCUAGAGAUGAGCUGCAUAGGAUGUUGAAUGAGGAUGAAUUGAGAGACGCUGUGCUUCUAGUUUUUGCAAACAAGCAAGAUCUUCCAAAUGCUAUGAAUGCUGCUGAGAUAACUGAUAAGCUUGGACUUCAUUCUCUUCGUCAGCGUCACUGGUACAUCCAGAGCACAUGUGCCACAUCUGGUGAAGGACUUUAUGAGGGACUUGACUGGCUCUCAAACAACAUUGCAAACAAGGCAUAGAGAUUUAUUAGUUAAGGGUACAAGAAGUUGAGUUUACUUUAGCGAUUACGAUAUCCAACGUCUGGUUUUCUUGCCCUACUUAGAUUUUCAUUGCUCGAGCAUGUAUUAUUUGUUUUAAAGAAAGAACUACGGUCUACUAUUGAAGAAUAAUUUGAUUUUUUUUCCCAUGUAUAACCAAAUAGCAUUGUUUAAUGUGUACCUUUUGAUUGUGAAGUCAAUUGAAUUAUUAAAGCCACA